GAGCCGCAGCCCACGCUUGUUGUUUUGGUGACUCUCGUCGCAAGAAGUUGCCGUCACUGGAGCAGGUCUUUGCCCAUGCUAGAGGCGGUGGAAGAUUCUGGAAGAGCCUCGAUAAGAUCCGCUCUGAACUCAAAACACUGCCUUCAUACAAGGUUAUUCGUUAAAGACAAAGAUGGUAAAAGAAAUGGGCUUCUAUAACACAUUGGGUGUGAAACCUAAUGCUACUCCUGACGAACUGAAAAGGGCCUAUCGCAAACUAGCUUUGAAAUAUCACCCCGACAAAAACCCUACAGAGGGAGAGAAGUUCAAGCAGAUCUCACAGGCAUAUGAGGUGUUGUCAGAUGCCAAGAAGAGAGACCUUUAUGACCGUGGAGGUGAAAAGGCUAUAAAGGAAGGAGGGACUGGCGGCGGCGGCGGCGGCUGUGCAUCGCCAAUGGACAUCUUUGACUUGUUUUUUGGUGGGGGCAGUCGGAUGCACAGAGAGCGAAAAGGCAAGAACAUUGUUCAUCAGAUUUCAGUGACACUGGAAGAUCUUUAUAACGGAGCUACAAGGAAACUUGCUCUCCAGAAGAAUACUAUUUGUGAGAGAUGUGAAGGUCGUGGGAGUCGGAAAGGAGCCGCACAGGUGUGCAUGACUUGCCAUGGCACGGGCAUGCAGGUUCACAUGCACCAACUCUUACCAGGUAUGGUCCAGCAAGUGUCCACAGUGUGCCACAGCUGUCAGGGCCAAGGACAGCGAAUCAGCCACAAGGACCGCUGCAAAGCAUGUGGGGGUCGAAAGAUCCUGCGGCAGAAGAAGAUUUUGGAGGUCCACAUUGACAAAGGAAUGAGAGAUGGCCAGAAGAUCGUUUUCCAUGGAGAGGGAGACCAGGAGCCAGGAAUUGAACCAGGUGAUAUCAUUAUUGUCUUGGACCAGCGAGAACAUCCACAAUUCACCAGGAAAGGAGAGGACCUGAUCAUGUCAAUGGAGUUGCAGCUAGUUGAGGCUUUGUGUGGUUUCAAGAAGCCUGUUCAGACACUGGACAACAGAACUCUCCUCAUCACCUCAAGUCCAGGGACAUUAAUCAAACCUGGAGACACCAAGUGCGUCUUAAAUGAGGGGAUGCCCAUGCAUCGCAGACCGUUUGAGAAGGGACGCCUUAUUAUUAAUUUCUCGGUGGUCUUCCCACAAGCCAAUUUCCUGCCCAAUCCGAAGCUGAAGGAGCUGGAGCGCUACCUCCCCGAAAAGCUGGAUGCAGAGCAGCCGGAGAGUAUGGACGAUGACCUCUACAUCUACGCCGACCUGGAGGACUGUGACUUGGAGAACAGAAAAAGACGCAACCAUCAGUACUACUACAUGGAUGAAGACGACUGCACUGGAGGCGUUCAGUGCCAGACAUCUUAAAUAACAACUGGCCUGUUCUUAUGCCACAAGCCCGCACCCUCAUCUCUAAAGCAAGGCACCUUUUGGGAUUUUUUUGUGCACUUUUUAUUUAAUUACUUCUCUUAAAAAUCGUAACUGUUCACUUGUUGAAGUUUUCUUUCAGGCUGAUGCAUAAAGCUGUGUCCCAACACCCUCAUGAUUUAUUAGAAUACUUUUUGGAUGGAGUAGAGUAUCUUACAGUCACAAGACUACACUCAGAUCUGGGUGAACAGGAUUCCUUGUCAUCUCUGGGACGUUUUUUGUUUUUGUUUGUUUUGUUUUUUCCCAGUCACACUGUGAUUAGAGUCGAGGACUGAUAUUACAGGGGCUUCAGAAGAAAGAAAAACGUACUUGUUUAAACAAAGACUGCCAGCUUGUCAUGCAGUUACACUAAAGCGGAUGCCAAUACUAAUAUGAAAAUAACCUUUUUUUAAAGUGUUACUAAAUCAGUUGUUGUAAACCACUUGUUGAUGACUUGUUCAAUCUCGUGUGUGUGUGUGUGUGAAGACUCAAUCUUCAGACGGUGGCGGAGAGGGAUGUGCAUGGAGACUUGAGUUCAAACUUUUGUGCUGUUUUACCCUUUCAAGGGCUAUUUUCUAGACAUUUGUAAACAAUCUUGAAAAUGUGACAAGAAGAUAUGAGUUGGGUGUAAAGGUAAUAAUGAUUCAGGCUUUGCAGUAUGUAGGUUCAGGCCAUUCAAUUCUGCAUUAUUCCAACUGAUAUUUAAAUUCCAUUUAAUGUUUGUACUUUCGAGCUGCAGUCAUUCGUCUGUGGCGAUGCGGCACAUUUGUUUUUGUUUUGGAAACCUUGUGUGGAAAGCGGAACAUUUGUGUGUGUGUGUGUAUACAACACAGUUUGAUAUGAGCCAAAUAUGUCUGCAGUUAAUGGAGGGGGUAGGUAUUCAGAAACAAAAGGUCAAAGAUGAGUAAGUCACUUUAUUUUUUCAAACAAUUAACAGAUCUGGGAGGGUGUCCGAGCACUGAAGCUAAGAAGGCAAAUUUUAACAUGAUUCUAUAUUCCAUAUUUUAUGUGCUUAAAGUUGCCUGAUAACUCUGUAAACUUUCUUCUUGUAACAGGCCCAUAAUGCCUUAAUGGCAAAUGUUUUCCCUCUCUUUAAACAGUGCCAAGUGGCACCCAAGUUGUACAAAGAAGAAUGGCUCAUGUCUUGGUUUGUUUAGAAGUCGAAUGUUCUUGAGAUUAUUUUGGGUAUACGAUUUUUUAAUCAUUAGAAAGUGAAGAGUUCAGUUAUGUAAAUUUGGAACUUAAAUGACAAAUUUUAAUCAUACUAGCAGUUUAGAGUAUUUGAUGGCUUUUUUCUCCUGUUGGCCCACAAGCUAUUAUGUGUGUCUUUUGUCAUAUUUCUAGUCCGAAUUUUAAAUGCCAAAUGGGUCGGUGGGAGGUUAUGGAGGGACUUAAAAUCGGCACAUCUGAUACCUCAUUGAAGUGUCUGCCUGUUUCAAAGCCUUAUCAUAACUUAACUUGAAGCUACAUGAUAAUGCAGUUUUUUUUUUCUUUCAGUGGUGACUUUGCCUUGGAUAUUGUAAAAACACAACUAUGCUCACCAGAAGGGAGAUUAAUUAAAUUGUUUCACAAUUGUUCUUGAAACAGAUGCAAAUUUAUACGAGUACUCAUAAUGUCAGGGGAACUCAGCUUAAUUGUCUUCAUGUUCUUAAAUUUUACUGUAUGUGUGUUAGGACCAAUGAUCUACUUGUUUAUGCUCAUGUUUUCUAAUUAAAUUCAGUUUAAUGGUC